AUGGAUGAAGCAGGUACUGGUCCAGCAAUUGAUGACUCUUCCCAGAGAACUGAUAUUCUUUUGGGUCCGUACGACGAGUUCAUCGGUAUUGAACCGAACGGUGAAACUUAUAAGGAUGCUCUAAAGUUUGAUGCUUUCGAUCAAGUCCCCGAAGUUGAAUUUAUGGAUCCGCUUCCUAGUGUGGAUCAAAUGAUCCAGAAUCGAUUAUUUCUGACAGGAUACAAUGCAAAUUCCUGGAAGGAGGAGCACACUUUUUUUGUGUUGACUGAAUUCGUGCCUGCAAAUGGGGUUGAUGUUAUCUUUUUUAGUAUACUUCCAGAUGGGCAGUUAUACGUAGGUUCAGGAUUUCCAGCUUCUAUUUUUCGAGACAUAAAUUACUUCAUACGUACCCAUGAGGGAAUGAAUGUCGAGAUUACGUCAGAGAAUUUUUCUGUCACCGUUCAAAAUGGUUCAGUUUUGGGUCAAGGGAUAGAGAGUUUGCUUCGAGUCAUGUCAAAUGUCUAUGCGCCCACCUUUUUUGCUGACGAAACGUGGCCCGAUAGUAUCAAGAAUGAUUUUGCGCUACAGCUACACCGCUUCAUGUCUGCUCUUACAGACACGCGAUGGAAGUUAAAUGCAAAGACAGUACUCUACAUUCCAAUGGAAACUUUUAAGCUUUCUCCAGUUGAAGAAGCAAAGGACAAGGAUUUAGUCGGUCGUCUUGAAAUGAUAGUGAUUCAUUGGACGCGGCAGAUUAAGGAGGUGCUCAGCUCACAAAGUGCCCUUGAUGAUGACGAAGGAACUGGACCCUUGGAUGAAAUUGAGUACUGGAGGAACCGUUGCGAGGAUUUGACGGGUAUUAGCAGACAAUUAGACAAUAAGAGCAUAAUCGAAAUUGCACAAAUUUUGUCAGCUGCUAGAUCCUCAUAUGUCACUGCGUUUAUUCGACUUUCGGAAGAAAUAAAAAACACAUCCGCAGAAGCACAAGAUAACUUAAAGUUUCUAGCCACAAUGAAGGAUGUUUGUGUUUUUCUUUCCGAUUUAACUCCUGCUCAAAUUCCACCAAUCUUACCCAAAAUCAUCAAUCAAAUACGCAUGAUUUGGACCAACUCGAGGUUCUACAAAUCAAAGGCGAUAAUAACAGGGCUUUUCCGAAAGAUUUCGAACGAAAUCGUCGUCCGAUGCUGUAGUGUUAUCUCAUUAGACGAAAUUUUCGCUGGUAGGGUGCGAUCAGCAUCUCUUAGGCUCCGAGACUGCAUCAGUUGCUGUGAGAACUAUAAAACCACUUAUGAGAAUCUCAAGAGGAUGCAUUUGGAGUUUUCGGGAAUCCCAUGGGACACGGAGGAUGGAAGUAUUUUCGCCCACGUAGAUGCUUUCAUCCAGCGGUGCAGGGACCUACUCGAGAUAUGUGAAUGUCAAGCGGACUUUGGCCGAUUUGAGGAGGGUAAUAAGGCUGAAAUGCCUAUCUUUCAGGGGGCGAGAGGACCCGAGAUAGAGCUGCUUUUAUUGCAAAUUGAGAAUAUGUUUGUUAAAUUAAUGACAAAUCUCAGCGAGAAGCGGUCUGUCAUCUUAGAUGUCAAGGCCACAACAUGGCAUGAUCAGUACAAUCGGUUUUGCAGCGGUGUGAAAGGUCUUGAAAUUAUGAUGCAAAAUGUUAUCAAUAUGGCUUUCGAAACGGUCACAACAAUUCAGCAAGGCGUUGAAAUCCUUGAUGUCUUUGCCCAUCUCCAAAAACGCGAGGCCAUUCGUAGGACACUUGAGACAAACACUCACGUGGUCGUGGAUAUGUUUCUUGACUGCCUUUCAAAGGUGAAACAAGAGAUGACCAUGAGACCCUUCAUGGGCUUGCCAAGGCCACAGGAGCCGAAAUUUGCCUUGAACGGAAUCUUCUGGCGCUUUUUGCGUCGUCGACUCGACAGGAGCAUGAGUCAACUCGAUUUGGCAUUUUUUGUUCCCACCAUUGCUGCAGUGUUGGAAGAACAGAGAAGCGUUUACGACCAAAUGUGCUUAAGCAUAGAGGAAAUGACGCGAAAGGUUUUCAACGAAUUCAUGAGCACCAUUGAAUAUGAUCCCCUGAAAUGUCUUGAGGUUCCAAUUCUUAUGCGCAGUGCGAUGAAGCCGGACCAACUGGAAUCGACAUUUCCAGGCAGCGUAUUGCGCCUGAUCAACGAGUUGGACCAUUUCGUGCUGAUGGGCAUUGAGGUGCCGCACUACGCGGCGGAGGCGCACCGGCGUAAAUCGGAGUUGCGUCACCUUCGUGAGAUAGUGCUAGUGAUGGUGCGUGAGUACAAUCGCAUUCUAAGCAUCCUCAAUCCUGAAGAAAAGGCUCUCUUUCAUGAGCGCAUCAAGAUGCUUGACAAGAAGAUUGCGCCCGGGUUUGCUAAGAUUCAGUGGCCUGUUAAGUCCAUGGUCGAAUUCUUUGUCAACGACAGCCGCCUGCAGAUCUGUAGCCUGCAGGGCAAGGUGGAUGGGUAUAAGAUGGCCAAUGCGGAUAUCAGGGAUGAUUGUGAGCUCAUUGCCAAGACUCUUUUACUUAAGCUGGAGCCUGGCAGAAUUUAUGAAAACGAUGAUUUCAAUCAGGAGCAGUCCAAACACAGAGAGAGGACAGCAGCAAAGCUGGUUGCUUUGCAUCAGGACAUUAUACGAAAGAUGUCGCAGGUCAAGGAUACAUUCGUUUCUGAAAAUCCAGACGUCCAAGCACGUUGGUACUCCCACGGUUUCAAAGAGUCUUUGGACAAUGAAUUUGAAACUUUUCACUUGGACCUGCAAGUGGCAUGGGAGUUUUUAUUGCUUAUCACUGCUGUACAAAGACUUGAGUGGCGUUCCUUGUGUUGGCACAGAUACACAGAACGGAUGGAUCGCUAUUGUCAAGAGGCAUUCCGCCUCAACGUCAAAUUCUCUUUGGGGGAUCUCCGUCGAGCCAUCAAUGGAGAUGGAAGAAACGAACCAAACCCAUUUUUCAAGAUUCUUCUUAAUCUGGACGGAUCCUCUUUAGUAUUCGCGCCAACAAUUCCUCAGCUAACAAACGUCGUGAUCUCUCUAUGCGAUCAGCUUGUUGAAGCCUUUGCAAACAUUCCUCGCCUCCCUGAGGUCUUAACAAAGAAUAAGACCACUGGCAUCCCCUCGAUCGCCGCAACGGUUGAAGCGGAUGAAGAGGUCGUAAAGGUUCAAGAGAGCAUCAAACGCGGUAUAGUUGAAAUUGCAAAGCCUGUGCAAGAUCCACUGGGUCAUUGGGAUAAAUUUCGGGAAAUUUGGGAGCAGUCCAAAGACGAAGUUAUCAAUCAUUAUCGCGAAAUCAAACGGAGUGCUGCUUCUAUCAAUUCGGACAUUGGACGGUUCACUGAAGUGACGAAUAAGGUGUUGGAUGCGGAGGCACUAGUGACAGUGCGGUUUCUGCAGCUGGACUUCAGUCAGCUCAAGAAUGCCAUCGCAGCCCAUUGCCGGGAGUGGCAAAUGCGUUUGAUUAAUCUCCUUAUGGAUAUGACCGUCGAAGAUCUCAAUGGAAUUUAUAAAUACAUGAGUGAUAUGGCCAAGAGACUAUCCCACGUUCCCGAGAAUCUGCUCGAACUUGUGGAAUCCAUAGAACUACUAGAAAAGGUAUUCAAUGAGAGGACAGAAAUUGAGGGCAAAUUUUCGCCGCUGGAAGAACAAUUCGCCAUUCUGGAUAAAUGCGAAGUGACUUAUCAGAAUGAAGUGGCCACGAAAAGAGUUAAUCUCGUCUCUGACUGGGCCAACUUCAAAGAAACUUUAGUCAUCUGUGAGGAGGCAAGUUGCUCGACAAAAGAGAGGUUCAAGCUUAACCUAUUGGCGGAAUCAGAGAGGUUGAAAAAGCGAAUCUCGGCUCUGCUAAGCGAGUUGCAGACCAGCGGUCACCACAACCUCGGUCCUCCACCUGAGGAGGCGCUGGCGGCGUGUCAGGGUUUUCGUGAUCGGCUUGCCGUGAUGACGGAGAAGGAAAACGAGAUUCGAAGUGGCCUCCUCAUCUUCAAGAUAGACCAGCAACCCUGCAAGGAGUCCACGCUUAUACAAAAGGAAUUAGAUCUAUUGGAACAAAUAUGGACUUGGAAUAAGGAGUGGGAAGAGAAGUGGAUGACGUGGAAGUAUGGGAAAUUCUCAGAUCUGCAGACUGAUGAUAUGGAAACACUUGCUACGGCUAUGUUUCGGAAAUUCACUCGCCUUGCUCGCGAUAACAGAAGCCGUCGCUGGGAAGUGCUGGAUGCAAGCAGGGAUCGUGUCGAUCAAUUCAGAAGGACGAUUCCUCUGAUAUCCGACCUACGCAAUAGUGCGAUGCGGCCUCGGCACUGGGACGCCAUUCGCAAGGAGAUGGCCCGAGAUUUUGACCAAAAUGACGACACUUUUACGCUUGAAAAAAUAAUCAGUCUUGGCUUCGAUCGUUAUGCUGUCUUCAUUAGUGAGCUCUCGCAAGCGGCAACAAAGGAGUUAAGUAUUGAGAAGGCUUUGAAUAAAAUUGGAGGUGUCUGGCUUACCAUUGAACUGGACAUUACACCCUACAAAGAUAAAGGGCACCUUAGAUUGCGAUCUACUGAUGAUCUCUUCACCAUACUUGAAGACCACCAAGUUCAGCUAUCGGCAAUGAAGUCUUCUAGAUUUGUAAAACCAUUUGAGCAUGAAGUGGAUUCGUGGGAACGCGCUCUUUCAAAGAUAACAGAGACUGUCGAGUUGUUGCUCACAGUGCAAAGACAAUGGCUCUACAUGGAGACUAUUUUUAUGGGAGACGAUAUUCGCAAGCAACUACCCAAGGAGUCAACGCUCUUCGAUGAUCUUGAUGUGGAAUGGAAACGGAUAAUGACAGCUAUGAAUGAAGUAAAGAACGCUCGGCGAUGCUCUGAUUUGGAGGGAAUAUGCGAAGCUCUAGUAAAAAUGAAUGAAAAGUUUGAGGUCAUUGAAAAAUCUCUAGAUAUGUAUCUUGAGACGAAGCGUCAAACAUUUCCCCGUUUCUAUUUCAUUUCGAAUGACGAUCUGCUUGAAAUAUUGGGUCAAGGGAAGAAUCCCGAGGCAGUAAUACCUCAUUUGAAGAAAUGCUUUGACAACAUCAAUACUGUAAAGUUGGAAAGAAAGACUAUUAAGAAGACGCAGCUUCCAGCUACCAAGGGACAUUCUCCUCUAAAGCCGCAAAUAUUACGCAAACAACCAACGGAUAUGCAUAGAAGUUAUGAAGGCACAGAAGAAGCCUCCCAAGAUGCAAACAUGAUACCAAAUAAGGAAACAUUAACUGUCCUGGAGGAGCAUAAAUCUCCUCCAAAUACGGGUGAGCAUGAAGAAGCCCCAGAGGCAGCGGUUGAGAGUGCUGCUAACCGCUUGAACCAAAGUGGGAAGCCUUCCUUUGGUGAGGUUCCGUCGGAGCUCAAUCAAAGCAGCAUUCAUCUACUCUCUAAUUCAAAUGCCAUGCACGUGACAAGAAGAAGUGAAAUGCGGGAACUCUACUUUGGAAGCUCUGGCAGCGACAACAACAUCUCGCGGAGUGGCAGUGCCAUCACGAUAACUUACACUCAAUUCGAUGGGGUUGCUAUGAUUUCUGCAGAUGGAGAAGAAGUUCCGUGGAAGAAAACCGUCCACAUGGAGGGUCCAGUGGAAAUGUGGUUACUUGAAAUCGAGUCCCAAAUGCGUAAGACCCUGAGAGACCUCCUGCGUGACUGUCGUUUGGUGAUGAAAAAAGCUAGUGUUAAGAGAGAGAAGGUUGUCAAGGAGUGGCCAGGGCAGAUUUGCAUUGCGACAAGCCAGAUUCAGUGGACAGCUGAUGUCACCAAAGCUCUGAUAAUGGUGAAUCGUCGCCAUGAUAAAAAGCCACUUCGAAUGAUCAGAAAGAAACAGAAGGCCAUUUUGAAGCGAUUCUCUGAGGCUAUUCGAUCCAAUCUGAGCAAAAUACAAAGACUGAAGAUAAACGCCCUCGUAGUUGUCGAAGUCCAUCAGCGCGAUAUCAUUGAUAAGCUCUACAAGUCUGCUUGCAAAGACACUGGUGCCUUUGAGUGGCUUGCUCAACUCCGCUUCUACUGGGAAAAGGAAGAAGACGACUGCUACGUUAAGCAAACCAAUGCAAGUUUCCACUACGGUUACGAAUACCUUGGUAAUUCGGGUCGUCUCGUCAUUACUCCCCUCACAGACCGGUGCUACAUAACUCUGACUACCGCGCUAAGUCUAAACAGAGGUGGUUCACCCAAGGGACCUGCUGGCACGGGCAAGACGGAAACAACCAAGGACUUAGGCAAGAAUCUGGGUGACUACGUAAUCGUGAUUAACUGCUCCGACGGUCUCGACUACAAGUCUAUGGGGCGCAUGUUCUCGGGUCUCGCGCAGUCCGGCGCUUGGGGCUGUUUCGACGAGUUUAAUCGAAUCAACAUUGAAGUGUUAUCAGUGGUGGCGCAACAAAUUCUGGCCAUUCUGUCAGCACUGGCCUCUUUGCCCAAAGGUAAAGGCGUACCUUCCAGCAUUCGUUUCAUGUUUGAGGGAAGAAUGGUUAAACUGGUCUGGUCUUGUGGCAUAUUCAUCACUAUGAAUCCUGGUUAUGCGGGUCGCACCGAGUUGCCGGAUAAUUUGAAGUCGAUGUUUCGCCCCAUCGCCAUGGUUGUACCUGAUUUCACUAUGAUUGCCGAGAUUACCCUCUUUGCGGAGGGCUUCGAUGCCUGUAAAGUGCUGGCCAAGAAGGUUUUCACACUCUACAGCCUCUGCAACCAACAGCUAAGCAAACAGGAUCACUAUGACUUUGGACUGAGAGCUCUCAUUUCUGUGUUGCGCUACGCCGGUCGCAGAAAGCGUGCAAAUCCAGGAAUGCAAGACGAGGAGAUCCUUCUCCUCUCUAUGAAUGACAUGAAUCUGGCCAAGCUCACCUCUGUUGAUUUGCCGCUUUUCCGAGGCAUUGUGUCUGACCUCUUCCCAGGGGUUGAGGCCCCUGCUAUCGACUACACAGAUAUGAAGAACGCGAUUAAGGAAGCCUUUAAAGAAUUGAGGUUACAGGCCACGAAAUUUACAGUAUCUAAGGUGAUUGAACUGUACGAGACACAGAGUUCUCGCCACUCGGUCAUGAUUGUUGGGAAGACGCUAUCAGGCAAAUCAGCCACUUGGAAGGUUUUGCAACUGACUCAUCGCAAAAUGAUGGAGGCUGGACACGAAGGAUUCUUUCGAGUCUGGGAUUAUCCUCUUAACCCAAAGGCUGUAUCACUUGGAGAGCUUUAUGGAGAAUUUAACAUUUCAACAAAUGAGUGGAGUGACGGAAUACUUUCAAGUCUUAUGCGUCAAGCUUGCGCAGAUGAAAAACCCGACUACAAAUGGAUACUCUUUGAUGGUCCAGUGGAUGCUUUGUGGAUUGAAAGUAUGAACUCGGUGAUGGAUGAUAAUAAGAUUUUGACCCUUAUUAACGGAGAGCGAAUCUCCAUGCCUGAUCAGGUGUCACUACUUUUCGAAGUAGAGGACUUGGCAGUGGCCUCACCAGCCACAGUUUCUCGUGCUGGCAUGGUUUACAAUGACGUGAUGGACCUUGGCUGGUGGCCCUACGUUAAUUCCUGGUUGGCCGUCAAGGAGCCCAAAAUUCUAGUGACCACGCUAACUAGUCUCUUCGAAAAAGAUCUGCCUCGAAUACUCGACUUCACGAUGAACAACUGCAACAAGCUCAUUCCUUAUGAUAUGUCCGAUCCGGAACUGUACGCUCGCUUGAUCGAGAUGCUCUUCCAAUUUUGCACGAUAUGGUCGGUGUGCUGUGUGGUCGAUGAGGACGGGCGCAAGAAGAUAGACUCCUACAUCCGCGAAAUGGAUGGUAGUUUUCCCAGCAAAGACUCAAUCUUUGAGUUCUUCCUCGAUGCCAAAUCGCGAGCUUGGAUCCACUGGGAGGAGAAACUGCGUGGUGGGUGGAAGUAUGACCCAGAGCAACCCUUUUACAAGAUUCUCGUCCCCACUGUCGAUACUAUCCGCUACAACUAUUUGGUAAACACGCUUGUCUCGGGACGGAGCCCGGUCCUCAUAACUGGACCGGUUGGAACGGGAAAGACAUCAAUUGCACAAGACGUUCUGUUUAACCUUGACAAAGAAUCGUGGACCUAUCUCACUAUCAACAUGUCAGCGCAGACAUCCUCAAAUAACGUCCAAGACAUCAUCGAGUCGCGCGUAGAAAAACGAACCAAGGGUACUUAUGUGCCGACUAGAGGCACCAAAAUGAUCACCUUCAUGGAUGACUUAAACAUGCCUGUGAAAGACGAGUUCGGUUCCCAGCCGCCGUUAGAGCUGAUUCGUCAGUGGAUCGACUACGGCUUUUGGUAUGAUCGGGAAAAACAGCUGCCCAAGCGAGUACAAAAAAUGUUCCUUCUUGGUUGUAUGGGACCACCUGGAGGGGGUCGAAUGUCAAUCUCUCGGCGUCUCCAAUCUCGUUUCAACCAAAUAAAUGUCACUUUUCCUACGGAUGCCAAUCUAAAACAAAUUUUCGGCACCAUGAUAAACCAGAAAAUUGCUGACUUUGAAGAUGAGGUUAGGUCCAUGGGUGAUACUUUGACGGAUGCAACUGUCUCGUUCUAUAACUCCAUUGUGGCAAAGUUCUUGCCAACUCCAACACGAAUCCAUUAUUUGUUUAAUCUUCGUGACAUAUCUAAGAUUUGUCAAGGUAUUCUCAGAGCAAACAAAAUCACUAUUGAUUCAAAGACCGCCAUGUUACGAUUGUGGAUACACGAAAGCUUUCGUGUUUUUGCUGAUCGUCUCAUCAAUUCACAAGAUGUGGGUCAGUUCAUUGAGAUUCUGGGUGAGAAGCUGGCUCAAUACUUUGAUCAAACCUUCCACAAUCUUUGUCCAUCAAGAAGCUCACCCGUAUUCGUGGAUGUGUUGAAUAAAGAUAUGAUCUAUGAGGACAUUCAGGACCUCUAUCGUCUGCGCUCAGGUCUGUCUGAGUUUCUCAAUGAAUACAAUGACUCUCCUGGUGUUGUUCCGAUGGACCUCGUACUAUUCAAAGAUGCCAUAGAGCAUACCUGCAGAAUCCUCCGCGUCAUCAGUCAGCCGCGCGGCAACAUGCUGCUCGUUGGUGUUGGCGGCAGUGGACGAAACAGCGUGACAAAACUUGCUGGUCAUAUCUGUCGCUACAAAAUCUUUAACAUAGAGGUGAAUAAGAACUAUAGAAAGGCUGACUUUCGUGAAGACCUGAAGAGACUUUAUCGUCAAACUGGAGUGCAAUGUCAAUCAACACUGUUUCUCUUCUCUGACACUCAUGUGGCUGAGGAAGCCUUUCUGGAGGAUGUUAACAACAUGUUGAGCUCAGGCGAAGUUCCCAAUCUCUUCAAAUCUGAUGAGUUCGAAGAAGUAUCCAAUGCCAUCGUCGAUCAGGCCAAAAAGGAGGGCGUAGAUGAAUCAUCUCAGUCGAUUUACAGGUACUUUAUCGAACGGGUUCGGGCCAGUUUGCAUAUUGUCCUUUGCAUGAGUCCCAUCGGCGAUCCGUUCAGAGAUCGUAUACGUAUGUAUCCGGGGUUCGUGAACUGCACUACAAUCGACUGGUUCAGCGAGUGGCCAAAUGAUGCUCUUCUUGAAGUGGCCACUAAGUACUUGAGCGAUCUGGACCUCUUUUACGGCAAUGAGGACGCAAAGAUGAAAUCGGGUGUGGCGCGGGUAUUUGCUUUAAUGCACAAUACGGUUACUCAAAUGUCAGAGAAGAUGAUGGAUGAGCUGAGGAGACGAAAUUACGUAACCCCUACAAAUUACCUUGAACUCGUUUCAGGGUACAAAAAAAUGCUGGAGUCCAAGCGGAGGGAGCUCAGUGAUUGGGCGAACAAGUUGAGAAGCGGUUUGGGAAAAAUUGACGAUACACGAACAAAAGUUGAAGAAAUGUCUGUUGAGCUGAGUGAGGCAAAAGAAAAGGUGGCUGUCUUUCAAAAGGAGUGCGAUGACUACUUAGUUAUUUUGGUUGAACAGAGGCGGGAAGCCGAUGAGCAAACCAAGUCGGUAACGCUCACGAAAGAGAAAAUAAAAGUGGACGAGACGAAGUGCCUCCAGAUGGCAGAGGUAGCCCAAGCCGACCUGGCCCAAGCAAUGCCGGCCCUGGAGGCCGCUAUCACAGCAUUGGAAGCCCUUAAUAAGAAGGACAUCACAGAAAUCAAAUCCUACGGUCAGCCUCCCCAUCUUGUUCGAAAGGUGAUGGAAGCUGUAAUGAUCUUGCGACAAGCGCCUCCGACAUGGACGGAGGCUAAGAAGCAACUGGGAGAGCAGGACUUCAUCAACCAAUUAGUCAACUUCGAUAAGGACCACAUUAGCGAUAAGACACUCAAAAAAAUCAGCACCUACUGCGCGCAAGACGACUUUAUGCCUGAAGUCGUGGGGAAGGUUUCCUUCGCUGCCAAGUCAUUGUGUAUGUGGGUACGAGCUAUGGAGGAAUACGGUCGCAUUUAUCGUUACGUAGAACCAAAGCGUCAACGUCUCCUCCAAGCUGAGGCUAUUUUGGCUGAGAAAAGGGCUCAAUUGGCCGCAGCUCAGGCGAAACUCGAUGCCCUUAUGGCUGAAAUGGCCCGUCUGCAACAGGAGUAUAACGAUAAGAUGGAACAGAAAGACGAAUUGAGACGCAAGGCAGAAGCGCUUGAGAAGAUGCUUGAAAGGGCGCGAAUGUUAGUAGAUGGUUUAGCCGACGAGAAGGUACGCUGGACUCAGACAGUGGCUGAUCUCGAGCGCAGGGUUGGACUCCUUCCAGGCGACUGUCUGCUCUCAGCCGGGUAUAUCUCUUACAUGGGUCCCUUCUUGUCAAAAUAUCGCGAGGAACUGGUCUCUACCUGGGUUGGAGCUGUGGAGAAGGAAAAAGUUCCAAAAUCGACUCCUUAUUCCUUCACUGAGUUCCUCUCAGAUCCCGCUAAAGUUCGAGAGUGGAAUAUCCAAGGCCUUCCUCGAGACUCAUUUUCGGUAGACAAUGGAGUCAUUGUCUCCAGAGCCUCCAGAUGGCCACUAAUGAUAGAUCCACAGUGUCAAGCGAUGAAUUGGAUUAAGUCGAUGGAGGGAUCGCAGCUUCAGGUGAUCGACCUGCAGAUGAAGAAUUACAUGCAGAUCCUUGAACACGCUAUCGUUACGGGGUCGCCAGUCCUCCUUCAAAACAUUUUGGAGACCCUCGACUCUGGUUUGGAUCCUGUUCUCAACAAGUCGAUAAUGAAAGUUGGAGGGGCUGAAGUCAUACGACUGGGUGACAGAGAAGUAGAGUACAAUGCCAAUUUUAGAUUCUAUUUGACAACAAAACUGUCAAAUCCGCGCUACGCGCCCGAGAUAUGCACGAAAACCACAGUGGUGAAUUUUGCUGUCAUGCAAGAAGGUUUGGAAGCGCAGUUGCUAGGCAUCGUGGUACGUAAGGAGAAGCCAGAGCUAGAGGAGCAGAAGGACAGUUUGGUGAUUGGCAUCGCCAACGGUAAGAAGAAGCUGAAGGAGCUGGAGGACGAACUCUUGCGUCUCCUGAACGAGACUCAAGGCUCUUUGCUUGAGGACGAAGGCCUCUUCUUAACACUUCAGACUUCCAAAGCGACGUCGGCGGAAGUCACUGAAUUUCUCUCAAUAUCUGAGAGGACAGAAGUUCAAAUUGAUGCAGCUCGUGAUGGCUACCGACCGUGCGCACGAAGAGCCGCUAUCCUAUUCUUCGUACUCAAUGACCUCGGAUCUAUAGAUCCAAUGUAUCAAUUUGCUCUGGAUGCUUAUAUCGACCUCUUUGUGCUCAGUAUAGAGAAGAGCCAGCGUUCCCCUCGACUGAGUGAAAGAAUUGAGAAUCUAAACAAACACCAUACCUACGCCGUGUAUCGUUACACCUGCCGUGGUCUAUUCGAAAGACACAAGCUGCUGUUCUCCUUCCAGAUCUGUGUCAAAAUCCUAGAGGAGAUGGGCAAACUCAAUCUAGAGGAGUAUAUGUUCCUCCUACGUGGCGGCAUUGUCCUCGAUAGAGCCCAUCAAAUGGACAAUCCAGUUCCCAGUUGGCUCUCUAGUCUUUCAUGGGACAAUGUAACCGAACUAAACAAACUGGCAAACUACCGCGGCAUUGUCACUUCGUUUGAACAGUAUCCCAGGGAUUGGCACAUUUGGUAUACUUCGGAUGAGCCCGAAAACUCGAAACUACCGGCAGAGUGGGAGAGCUCAACUAACGAGUUUCAGCGAAUGCUCAUCGUGCGCUCACUGAGGCCUGACCGCGUGACCUUUUGUGCCACAGCCUUUAUCACCAAUAACAUCGGCAAACAAUUUGUCGAACCACCCGUACUUGAUAUGAGGAGCGUGGUAGAAGACAGUUCGGCCAGAAGUCCUUUGAUAUUUGUGCUCUCACCGGGGGUGGAUCCAACUGGAGGACUGCUGCAAAUUGCGGAGGCCUGCGGCAUGGGGAAGCGUUUUAAUGCACUCUCAUUGGGCCAAGGUCAGGCCCCGAUUGCCACGCGGCUGAUAGAGGAGGGCGUGCGCAAUGGUAAUUGGGUCUUCUUGGCCAACUGCCACCUCUCGCUCUCGUGGAUGCCACAGCUAGAUAAACUGGUAGAACAAAUGGGUGGAGAGCAGACUCACGGCGAAUUUCGCCUUUGGCUUUCCUCCAGCCCCACACCUCACUUCCCCAUCUCCAUUCUUCAGGCUGGCAUCAAAAUGACAACUGAACCGCCAAAGGGCCUGCGCUCCAACAUGAAGCGGCUUUAUCAGAUUGUCAAGGAGGACCAGUUUUCCACAUGCACUAAACCGGAGAAGUACAAAAAGCUGCUUUUCUGUCUUUGCUUCUUCCAUUCCGUUCUGAUUGAGCGUCGGAAGUUCCGUAUGCUGGGUUGGAAUGUAACUUACGAAUUUAAUGACGCCGACUUUGAAGUGUCGGAGAACAUUCUAAGUACUUAUUUGGAUCAGUAUCAGGAGACUCCAUGGGAAGCUCUACGUUACUUGAUUGCGGGAAUAAAUUAUGGAGGUCACGUAACAGACGACUGGGAUCGGCGCCUCCUCUUGACAUAUGUAAAUGGAUAUUUCACUGAGAACGCUAUCAGUGAGGCGUUCUUUAAAUUAUCUCCUCUGGCUCAAUAUUACAUUCCUCGUGAUGGCAGCCUUAGCGCUUAUCGAGAGUUUGUUUCAAUGUUGCCAAACAUCGAUCAUCCAGAAGCAUUCGGUCAACAUUUGAACGCUGAUAUCGCCUCUCAAAUUCAAGAAGCCAAACUAUUAUUUGAUGCCCUGCUUUCAUUGCAACCCAAAAUCUCGUCUGCUGGUGAAGAAUCAAAGGAAUCGAAAGUGCUAAAGCUUAUUAAGAAAAUGAAGGAACAAGUUCCAGAUAACUUAGACUAUCAUGGUACGGCAAAAAUUUUCAGCAACGAUCGAUCUCCGUUGAAGAUUGUGCUGCUCCAAGAAAUUCAGAGAUACAACGACCUUCUAGACUUAAUUCGCAGCCAACUCAUUGACCUCGAAAGAGGUAUUCAAGGUCUUGUAGUCAUGUCUUCUGAAUUAGAAGACAUCUUUGCGGCCAUCUUUGAGAAUCGUGUGCCUUUUCAGUGGCAAUAUGCCUAUAAUUCCCUGCGUCCUCUGAGUUCUUGGGUGCGGGAUCUUGCCGAGAGAAUCAAAGUGUUUUGGCAGUGGUCGCAGACAGCUAGAGCACCGAAAGCGUUUUGGAUAGGUGCGUUCACCUUCCCCACUGGUUUCUUGACCGCAGUCAUGCAAACAGCUGCUCGGACGCAUGGUGUCGGCGUCGACACACUUAGCUGGGACUUCAAUGUUCUUACGAUUUCCGAGCAAAAUAUCCCUUCAAGUCCAAAAGAGGGCGUCUACGUCAGCGGUCUUUUCUUAGAAGGCGCUGGUUGGGACAUGAAGAACCAGUGCCUCAUGGAGGCAGCCCCCAUGAUGCUUAACCGAGCAGGCCCGCCUGGGAAGCCAUCUUUUAUGAUUGGCAUCGAGUUGAAAACAGGCGACUUCCCUUCUGAACACUGGAUUAAACGUGGAACCGCGUUGCUCAUGAGCCUUGAUAAUUGA